AUGGAAAUUAUAAGAGAACCACAAUGUUUCAUUAUCAACCAGCAGAAGUUUACCUUAGAGCUGUUAGAGGAAUUUGGUUGCUCAGGAGUUGUUGUUUCUUCUCCACUCGAUCCUUCCUCUAAAUUGCAUGCUGAAUUGAUGCCCCCAUUGGAUGACCCCACACUUUAUCGUCACCUUAUUGGUAAAAUUAAUUAUCUCACCAACACCCAACCAGACAUUUGCUUUGAUAUCCUCACUCUUAGCCAGUACAUGCAAAAGCCCUCAAUUUCACAUUUUUCUGCUGGGCUGCGUGUUUUGAGGUAUUUGCAUUCUGAUCCGGCACAAGGUGGAGCUCCUAUUUCUUGGAAAUCGAAGAAACAUGUGUCUCUCUCGUUUUCAUCUGCUGAGGUGGAGUAUCGCUCCAUGCGGGGUGUCACUGUGGAGAUAACUUGGCUAGUUUGUCUCCUCACUGAUCUCUCCGCUCCUCCUACUUUGCCAGUCACUUUUCACUCAGACAGUCAGGCGGCCAUCUAUAUAGCUCGCAACCCAGUCUUCUACGAAAGGACUAAGCAUGUUGAACUGGAUUGCCACUUCGUCCACUAA